AUGUCGACCGUCUGCGAUACGCUCCCACAGAAACCAACACCGGGCUCGCACGACAGCAAAGCCUAUAAGGCCCAUCUAGCCACCAUGAAGGAGAUCGUCUCUCAAUUGAAAUAUCUUCCAGUCAUUGAGAAGUCUCUCCAUCAAUAUUACGCUUCUAAGCACAACGCACUUUUGCCGAAACCAGUCAUUCUACACCUUCUGAAGACGCUCCGCACAGAUCUGGUAUCUGCAGGCCAUAUUCUGGGAGAAAAGGGAGACCGAGUCGAGUUGACCAAUAUCUCGGAGAUAUCAGAAGCUGUACUGCUCUCUUCCUCAACAGAGGUCGUCAUCACCCCAUCCUUAGACCUACAUGGUUUCUUCGCCUUGUUCUGUGGCGCGAAUCUCCGUGUCGAAACCAUCGGUCUUUUAUAUACUAUGGCUGCUCGUGCUUCGGUCUUUUUUAACCGCGACGAGGAGAAGGAUGGUGCAUUUGUCCAAGACAUGGUUUGGUGCAGUAAGUUGAGCUUACGACUAGCUCGUGAUCUUGCACCUCAGUCGACGGACGUUAUAAUAUGGCUGGCGAAUGAAAAUGCGCAGCUCAGAUCAUUCCUUGAAGGAGACGCGAGCCUUGGUGUGUGGCGUUUGGUGGGCGAUCUCGCGACAGAUUUAUUGGCCCUGGGCUUGGACAGAGAGGCGACGUAUUCCCCUGAGAGAACGCCAUUUUUUCUAGCAGAAUGCCGGAGGAGAUGCUUUGUGACUGAAUACUAUCUCGAUAAAAUGUUCGGCCUGGUGUUCAAUCUACCUCCUCGCAUUACCUCUCGAUAUGUUGAUGUCAAACUCCCCCUCGAUUUGUCAGAUGAUGAAAUCUUCGCGCAAACUCCCGGGGAAUUAGAAGAAGCCAAAAGUCGGCUCACAGAAGAUGGCUGGAACACUGAUGGAAAACUUAGGGUAGCAACCUGGGCUCGACUACGAUAUAUUCUGGGCCAGUUUCGGGAGGGAAUCGUGGAAUAUCAUUUUCAAGCACCACAGGCAGCUGACCCUGCCCAGCUCAGAGAGUUGUCUUCUCGAUGCCGUCAGACUUGGGAUAACCUCCUUCCUCACCUGAGGUAUAGUCAGGAUUGUUGGAAAUCCGAUAUGCCUCUUGCCAAUUGUUAUAUGCAUGCGAAGGUUCAUUUGGCUUACCUCCGGAUCCAUUUCCAGAUAUACCACCUUCUUGGGGAAGAUAGCUCGUCUCCCCUUCCUGAGCUGCUUGAUGUGUCUGCAAACAUAUUGGAGACCGUUGUGCAAAUGGGAAAUUCUCGCAGUAAAGGUACAUUUAGUUUCAAUGAUCUACCCGAAAUCCUUUUGGCGAGCGGCCUGCCCUCUGCCGCAAUCCUUUCGACUGCACUAGAAAAUAUGACGCAAUGUCCCUCAAAAGUCCUCCCGCCAGGUAUAAAGACGUCGGCUUUGAUUCGGAAUCUCUCCGUACUUGCAUCGCAACUUGAAAGUGUGGCCAGCUCACGGGAAAGAAAUCAAGAAUUCUGCUUGCAGGCUGCAAAAGCUAUCACGGAGAAGUUAGACAAGAUCUUGGACAAGCUUGCGACAUCAAAGUCUCAGGCUCCCGAUGUCACGAUAAGCACUGACGUGAGCCCGAUGUCAGUUCAGACCCCUAACACGGAUAUUUCCUUCUGUGGCGGAGCUGGGGAGAUUGAGGCUAUUAAUCUGGACGAUUACGAUAAUUUUGAUCUCAUGUCUUGGGCCAUCGAUCUCGACCUGGGAAACAUGGCCAGCAACUGGAAUAUGAUGUAA